AUGGUGGCGAACGCAGUAGAAAAGCAGCAGCGGAGGAAGCCGAGGCCUCCAGCCAAACUCCGGGCCACCAUCGCUGGUCUCUCUCCCGAGAUGGCCGACCUAGCCUGGGGAGGGAGUUUGUCUCUGGAGCACGCUGACCUGGCUGAGCCUGGCCUCGGCCCUCCUCUUCCUCCUGUCCCCUCCGCUGUUGACUCCUCAUCCUACCUCGACAAGAGCCCGGGUACCAAAGUGGCCCCUAAGAAGCGCUGGCAGACCUUUGCUCAGCAGGGGCCGGUGAAGCCAGGGAAGGAUCCAGGGGACCUGGGUGGGGUGGCCUCACCGCAGGGGCCUGUGGAGGUGAAUGGGAUCUACAGAGAUGGCCAGGGAGGGACACCAGACCGCAUCAGGUCCCAUGAUCUGAACCUGGGGAUGGAGAAGCAAGAUGACACAUCAGCACAUUCUGAAAACAAACGGCUGAGGAAACCCAGCAAAAGACUGCUGGAAUCCACAGAGGAGGAACAAUUCUUCUCCCCGAAGAAAAAACUAAAGAAACCUCUGGAAUCUUCCAAAACUCCUCUGAGCCCUUCCACAGUUCCAGGCCCAGCCCUGCUAACAUCCACCUCUACUCCCACCCCCACCCCCACCCCUGGGCCUACCUCUGGGGAGCCAGCCAGCCCCACCCCUGGGCCUACCUCUGGGGAGCCAGCCAGCCCCACCCCUGGCCCGACCUCUGGGGAGCCAGCCAGCCCCACCCCUGGCCCUACCUCUGGGGAGCCAGCCAGCCCCACCCCUGGCCCUACCUCUGGGGAGCCAGCCAGCCCCACCCCUGGCCCUACCUCUGGGGAGCCAGCCAGCCCCACCCCUGGCCCUACCUCUGGGGAGCCAGCGAUCACCACCCUUGGAUCUACCUCUGGAGAGCCAACCAUCACCACCCCUGACCCUAACUCUGGAGAGCUAGCCAGCACCAAGGCCCUAGCAGGGCUGAAACGGAGUCUGUCUCAAGAUGUCCUCCACCGUGUUAUAAAAUCAUUAUCCAAACAACCCUCAGCAGUGACCUCUUUCUCUACUGAAUCAACAUCAUCAGAUGUGACAAUCCCUCCUCUGCUCUCUGCCCCAGUAUCCCUGGAGAGGAAGAGGCCAAGGAAGCCAUCUCACAAGGUCCUGGAAUGCACCAUAGAAGAAGUGUCACUCAGUCCUCCAAAGAAGAAGGAGUUGAAGAAGCAGAGUGGACAGACAGAGGAGAAGACAGAAGUCGGGGACACUCAGGUUAAGUCUGUGAAGAAAGAAGUGCCUGUAUCCAGUGUGACAACUCCAGAGAGCAUGGUUUCUCUGCAGGGCUCCUCUCCUGCCCGGCCCUCUAGCCCUACGGUGCUCCUCACCCCCAAGGAAGAGACCGAGAAGAUCAGUCCUGGGGUGGGAGGAGAGAGCCACACCAACGGAGAGAGAUCACCCAAACCUGAGGUGUUCUCUCCUGGUCUGAAUGACAGUUUCUCCCGACCUGGUGAAGGGUCCCUGGUCUCCAGCACUAAGAAGAACACAGCAGAGAAAGGAGGAGCUGCGUCCAUGAAGGAGAAUGUCUGUCAGGUGUGUGAGAGGACAGGUGAGCUGCUGCUGUGUGAGGGCCAGUGCUGUGGGGCGUUCCACCUGCAGUGUAUCAGCCUAUCAGAAGCCCCCAGAGGGAAGUUUAUCUGUAGUGAAUGCACUAUAGGGAUCCACACGUGCUUUGUGUGUAAGAAGUCUGGCGACGGUGUGAAGAGGUGCAUGGUGCCUGUAUGUGGGAAGUUCUACCACAACGAGUGUAUCCUGAAACACACACCCACCCAGCCCCAGAAUAAAGGGGUUCGCUGCUCCCUCCACGUCUGUCUGUCCUGCCACAUCACCAACCCCCUCAACUCCUGCACUUCUAAAAGUCGUCUGACCCGCUGCGUGCGUUGCCCUGUGGCGUACCACGCUAAUGACUACUGUAUGGCGGCGGGCAGCGUAGUCCUGGCCAACAACAGCUUCCUGUGUCCCAACCACUUCAUUCCCCGCAAGAACUACAAGAACCAUGAACACAUCAACGUCAGCUGGUGCUUUGUCUGCUCAGAAGGGGGCAGUCUGUUGUGCUGCGAGUCUUGUCCUGCUGCCUUCCACCAAGAGUGUCUGAACAUCGAGAUGCCCGAGGGGAGCUGGUUCUGCAACGACUGCAAGGCUGGGAAGAAACCACACUUCAAGGACAUCCUCUGGGUUAAAGUGGGAAGAUACAAUACAUGGAGGCCAGAUGCCAACAACAAGGACAAAAUGGGGCCAAGGGUUGUUGACGCCAUCUACAAGAAACUGCUGAGCGGUUCAAAGCUCUUCAGGAUGAGAAGGAGAUUAACAUCAAUAAGGGAGAAAGCUGACCAGGUGAAUCUAGACAGGUGUUCUUCAGGAGGACAGGAGGAACGAAAAAAACCUCCUCCCUACAGACACAUCAAGGUGAACCGACCAAUCGGCAAGGUCCAGAUCAUCACGGCGGACCUAUCGGAGGUGCCGCGCUGUAACUGCAAGGCGUCUGAUGAGAACCCGUGUGGCAUGGACUCAGAGUGUAUCAACCGCAUGUUGAUGUAUGAGUGCCACCCUCAGGUGUGUUUGGCAGGGGAGAGGUGUCUGAACCAGAGUUACACCAAGAGACAGUACACCCAGGUGGAGAUCUUCAGAACCUUGUCACGAGGCUGGGGGCCGGGCGUCUCCGACAUCAAGAAGGGUGCCUUUGUGAAUGAGUACGUGGGGGAGGUGAUAGACGAGGAGGAGUGCAGAGCCAGGAUCAAACAUGCUCAAGAGAACGACAUCUGUAACUUCUACAUGCUCACUCUGGACAAGGACCGGAUCAUAGACGCUGGACCCAAGGGGAACCAGGCGAGGUUCAUGAAUCACUGCUGCCAGCCCAACUGUGAGACCCAGAAGUGGACGGUAAACGGAGACACCAGAGUGGGCCUCUUUGCCCUGGAGGACAUCCCCAAAGGUGUGGAGCUGACCUUCAACUACAACCUGGAGUGUCUUGGUAAUGGGAAGACGGUGUGUAAAUGUGGAGCGUCCAACUGCUCUGGGUUCCUGGGGUUCGACCGAAGACACUCUUAUCUAGAGGAAUGUAAAAACCAGCCAUCUAAAGCACGGGAAGGAAGGGAACUAAAGGAGGGCAAGAAGAAGGUUCUGGUGAAGAGGAAGCCUCAGCAGGAGGUGACGAAGGAGAGGGAGGACGAGUGUUUCAGCUGUGGGGACGGAGGACAGAUCGUGUCCUGUAAGAAGACAGGAUGUCCCAAGGUCUACCACGCAGACUGUCUCAACCUGGCCAAGAGACCUGCAGGCCGUUGGGAGUGUCCCUGGCACCAGUGUGACAUCUGCGGUCAUGAGGCAGCCUCCUUCUGUGAGAUGUGUCCCAGCUCCUUCUGCACGCAACACCGUGAGGGCUUGCUCUUCAUCUCUAAGAUAGACGGGCGGCUCGCCUGCAACGAUCACGACCCCUGUGGACCCGAGCCCCUGGAACCCGGGGAGAUCAGGGAGUACGUACCUCCUGGGGGCAUGCCUCUCCCCCACCUCCUCACGCACCCCCAGGGUCAGGUCCCACCCAGGCCUGGUUCCACCACUGCUGGUUCUAUCCCCUCCACAGUUGCCCCAGGCCUGGCCCAGGACUCGCUACUGCCCCCUACAGGGAGCCUGUUCCUCAACACCUCCCAGACCUCCAACACUUUCUCAUACGGACCCCCUAGCAGUCCCUACAUGUCUGAUAGUCAAAUACUGCACUUCUCCCCUCCUUCUCCCCCCUCCUCCUACAAGGACGAGAAAGAGGAGGAGGAUGGAGAGCUGGAAGACGGACAGGUGGGUGGGAUAGAAGAGGACGCGGAGGAGGAAGAAGGAGAGGAAGAAGAGGAGGAGGAUGAGGAAGGUGAGGACGAGGAGGAAGAGGCAAUGGAGGUAUUUGAGGAGGAGGAGGAGGAAGAAGAUGAGCAGUAUGAAGGCGGACUAGGAGAAGAGGAGGAGGAAGGGGGAGAUGUGUAUGAUACCUGGGGGGACUACAUGGAGGAGGAGCCAGACGAUGAGGGGGAGGUAGAGGGAGAGGAGGAGGAGUGGGGGAGGGUGGAGGACGAAGAGAAAUGAACUCCGUUUUCAUCCCUCCCCCUUGUCUUCCAUUCCUUCUUAGAUCUAUCCAUCUCUACGAAAAUACUGUUUCUCGCUCUCAUCUCACUAGAGUGACAUUCAGAUGGACAGACAAUGAGAGACAGAGAGAGAAAGACAGAGAGAGAGAUUGUCCUGGUGGUACCAAGUGAAUUGCGAAGCUGCCUUUGUGUUCAUACUGCAUAGCCUUCCUAUCCCCAGCACAGCACAUCAUAACACAGUGUGGACUGGACUGGACUAACGUUGUGUAAGGGAUAAGAAGUGGUGCUAAUGGGCUGGGAGGACUGCUCUGGUCAGCCUCUGGUCCUUCUGUUGAUAUGUUAUUAGUGUCUGCUCUGGUCAGCCUCUGGUCCUUCCGUUGAUAUGUUAUUAGUGUCUGGUGCUGUUUUUCUUCCUCUCAAAAAAGUUGUUUACAUUUUUGUUCUUGCUUUUUUUUUUUUUUCAAUUGGAAAACAAAACAGGAUGGGCAACCUCACUCAGCCACAACCUGCCUAGAUCGGCCAUGUUGCUAAAUACAAAUACAUGUUAUUCAGGCAUUUCAUCCACACUGCUUACACACGGCAACUAACCUCUUUGAUUCCUAACUCUAAAAUAGAACUUGGUUAUAUUUGAGACACUCGAUGCGCUCCAAGUCCCACAUCUCUCAUAUCCUUUUUGGUUUCCAUGAAGAUACAACCCAACAUGGUUGCUUGAAAGGAGAAACCUGGAGAUGUUAAUCAAAGACAGCUAGGUUUCCCUUUUUAUCUGUGGAUUAUUGGUUGGAAUGGAGCGACACACAGCUAACAAUGGGACCACAUGCAUGGGCUCCCGAGUGGUGCAGCAGUCUGAGGCACUGCGUCUCAGUGCUAGAGGCGUCACUACAGACACCCUGGUGCAGCGGUCUGAGGCACUGCAUCUCAGUGCUAGAGGCGUCACUACAGACCCUGGUUCCAAUCCAGUCUGUAUCACAUCCAGCCAUGAUUGGGAGUUCCAUAGGGCGGCGCACAAUUGGCCCAGCAUCGUCCGGGUUCGGCCGGUGUAGGCCAUCAUUGUAAAUAAGAAUUUGUUCUUAACUGACUUGCCUAGUUAAAUAAAGGUUACAUUUUCUUUUUCUUUUUUACAAAAUGAUCAGGUAAAAUAACAACCCACUGUUCAUCUCCCAGGACAAACUGCUAACAGCUAUCUAGCUUAUUGUCCAUGAAUGUUACAUGUGUGUUUCAACCUGGCCCCUAAUGAAUAUAGUUGGAUCACAGUUGGUUUUGUUAUUUUAACCUGUGUGUCAUGACGUCCUAGUUCGAAUAGACAAAAUCAACACGCGCAGGGUCAGUGUAACCAUGGCGUUAGAUUUAGGAGCUCGACCAGUUAUCAAGAAUAAUCAACGAUAUGAUCACUGAUUUUAAAAAGCCAUAACCAACUACUGGUUUGGACUUAUAACAUUGUUACAAAUCAACCCAAUGUUGAAAUCUAAAGUUUAUCUCUCGUGAACGGUGAAGAAAACCCUUUUUGUCUACUGCAAAAGAUUGUUGAUAAAAUCACAGAUUGUUUGUUCAUUACAUUAAGAUGUUUAUGGCUGGACAAACAAACAUUCCAAGAGUUCAGAACAUCACUCCUGUUAGUUGUGCGCACAUCAAUGUUUUGACCUUCAUUUAUGGCUUGUUACUGUUCCUGUUACUGUUCCAUCCACAGAAUUAGAAGGAAAUGAAACACAUUCUAGUUCUAUGAUUCCAUCACAGGUCAUUCAACAGUCACAUCUGGCAGGAGAAUGUCUAUUGUCUGUUUGGGAGCUGACACAAUGUAUAUUUUGAGUGAAAGUGAUGUAUGUUUGAGUGCACGCACGUGUCUGCUGUUAUAGAAUCAAGCAAUACUAGUCAUGUAUUAACUCAUGGCCUAAAGAACAGUGCUUUUAGACUUUUUAAAGUAGAGUUUUAUACCUCUGAAUUGAGUGUUGUGGUGCUGUAAACCAUUUUAACAAAAAACCCUUAGUAUAGACUCAUCAGUACAGCCUUCAUCGUCUGGCUGGAAGGCUGGUUGCUUGUAUCACUAAAAGUCAGUUAACUGAAGAGCCAAGCAGAAUGUCUCAUGUUCUCUGUCAUAACUAAUGUUGAUUCAUCGGGCAGCUUUUCCAACAGGGUGGUUUAUCCAUCACUCUGAAGCUGUGACCUGUCCUGAAACCUCUGUACAUUUUAGAAAGGUUGUUCUGAGACGUUCAGUUCAUAACUUUUGUGUAAUGUUCUGCUGUAUAUGUUCUGCAUUCAAACAUGUAGCAGCACACUUCCAAUGCACAAACACACGGGUCCAUUUUAUUUGGUUGCUGGUAAUGUUAAAUUCCAUGAAAUAACCAUCCUUCCCAUGAGUCUCAUUCAACGUUUUUGAAAUAAGAACAAUUUGCUACAUUUUCAUGAAUUUUAGAAUUGGUUAAAUUGAUGUUUAGAAUUAGAAUGUCAACUAUGAGAAUCACUGGACAAUUGGCCUUAAAAUAUAUAAUAUUCAGCCUUUUAAAACAAUAAAUUGGGUCCAACACAUAUCAACUAAAUGAGAAAAAUGAUGUACUGAAUUCCCAAACAGAAGCACUACCAUUUUUACAUGGCUUGCCCAUCAAUGUGUCAACACCAAAUCUUUCUGCCUCACCCUUGACCAUCUGGGGCAGAUAAAUAGAUGUUUUUUUUUGUUGGCUAGUUUUGUAUUUCUCAAACCAAUAUUAUCUUUUUUUCUAAUGUUUUUAUUUUUUUUCCAUUGUGUGUUUUGUGAUGAUGUUUAUGCCAACAGGUCUACUUCGAAGAGUUCUCUGGCCCCUCCUGUUUUUUUUUAGAGAGAACUGAAACACAACCAUAGAUUUUCUGAAGAAACGGGGGAUAUGUUUAUUGAUGCCAUAUAGAGAAGACUCAUGAAAUGAACUGAACUGUACUGUACUCCUUUGUGUAUAAUAAAUAUUAUAAGUAAAGUUUUACAAUAGAAAA